AUGUCGCACAGGAAGUUUGAGCACCCAAGGCACGGGUCCCUUGGUUUCCUCCCAAGGAAGAGGGCAGCUCGUCACAGGGGAAAGGUGAAGGCUUUCCCUAAGGAUGACCCUACCAAGCCCUGCAAGUUGACUGCCUUCCUCGGCUACAAGGCUGGGAUGACCCACAUUGUGCGAGAAGUGGAAAAGCCUGGGUCAAAACUCCACAAGAAGGAGACUUGUGAGGCAGUUACCAUCAUCGAGACACCACCCAUGGUUGUCGUUGGUGUGGUGGGAUAUGUGAAGACCCCGCGUGGGCUCCGCUGCCUCAACACUGUGUGGGCCCAGCAUCUGAGUGAGGAGGUGAAGAGGAGGUUCUACAAGAACUGGUGCAAGUCCAAGAAGAAGGCAUUCACCAAGUACUCCAAAAGGCUUGAGACUGAUGAGGGGAAGAAAGAUAUCCAAGCCCAACUCGACAAACUCAAAAAAUAUGCAUCUGUUGUCCGUGUGCUUGCUCACACUCAGAUCAGAAAAAUGAAGGGACUGAAACAAAAGAAGGCCCACCUGAUGGAGAUUCAAGUCAACGGCGGUACCAUUCCCCAGAAGGUUGACUUUGCGUAUGGGUUCUUUGAAAAGCAGGUUCCCAUUGAUGCUGUCUUUCAGAAGGAUGAGAUGAUUGACAUCAUUGGUGUUACUAAGGGUAAGGGUUACGAGGGUGUUGUCACUCGUUGGGGUGUGACCCGUCUUCCCCGUAAGACCCACAGGGGUCUCCGUAAGGUGGCCUGUAUUGGUGCCUGGCACCCAGCUAGGGUUUCCUUCACUGUUGCUAGGGCUGGACAGAAUGGGUACCAUCACCGUACUGAGAUGAACAAGAAGAUUUACAGGCUCGGCAAGGCCGGGAAAGAAGAACACACUGCCAGUACUGAGUUUGACAGGACUGAGAAAGACAUUACACCAAUGGGUGGGUUUCCCCACUAUGGUGUGGUGAAAGAUGAUUACUUGAUGAUCAAGGGUUGCUGUGUGGGUCCCAAGAAGAGGGUCGUCACGCUCCGUCAGACUCUGCUUAACCAGACAUCACGUGUGGCGCUCGAGGAGAUCAAGCUCAAGUUCAUCGACACCUCAUCCAAGUUUGGGCAUGGCCGCUUCCAGACGACUGAGGAGAAGCAGAAGUUUUACGGGCGCAUCAAGGCGUAG